AUGACUGUAGUAAUAGCUGUCUUUGUUUCAGUCAAAGCAGCGUGUGCUGAUGACUGGGAGUACUUCGAUGGAUCAUGUUACCACUUCUCCACUGAUGUGAUGAACUGGACUGAGAGCAGAGAUGCCUGUGUGACUAUGGGAGGACACCUGGUCAUCAUAAACAGUCAACAAGAAUGGGAGUUCCUGAAGACGAAGGGAGAAGGACACUGGAUUGGUUUAACUGAUGUUCAUGAAGAGGACAGCUGGCGCUGGGUGGACAACACACCCCUCACAUACCCAAAGUUUUGGGGAACUAACCAGCCAGAUAACUACGGUGAUGGAGAGGACUGUUGUCAUAAGAGUCCAAAUAUCCACAACCGCUGUGUGCUGCACAACAAGUAA